GGAAAGAACGGCUUGGAGGAGCGGAUCAAGUACGCCUUCUACGGGUACGUUACGGGAUCGAGGUUCACUCCUUCGGACAUCAGGAAUCAGAAAGAUCUGGCGGACUUGAGAUACCCCAGCGAGUGGUUUCCUGCAACCAGGAGGAGACCACGAGAGAUCCAUCUGCACGUCGGCCCAACCAAUUCUGGAAAGACGUAUCACGCCCUGCAAAGGCUGGAGCAGGCCGAGUCUGGUUGCUAUGCAGGACCUCUACGAUUGCUCGCUCACGAGGUGUACACUCGGAUGAAUGCCAAAGGAGUGCCAUGCAGACUGGUCACGGGAGAAGAACGGAGAUCUGCUGAGGAAAGGCCGGCGGCGACACAGGAGCAGCCAGGAAAGGCAGGCGAAGUCGAUUCCAACCUUCACCGCUAUCUGACCUCGUGUACCGUCGAAAUGGUGCCUCUGAAUACAAAAGUCGACGUUGCGGUCAUCGACGAGAUCCAGAUGAUUGGCGACCCGGACCGAGGAUGGGCGUGGACCAACGCGCUCCUGGGAGUGCAAGCGAAGGAGGUCCAUCUCUGUGGCGAAGAGCGGACAGUGCCAUUGAUCACCGAGAUCUGUGCCAGCAUCGGCGACAAGCUGCAUGUCCACCACUACCAACGUCUCAGUCCGUUGCAGGUCGCCAGCACAUCACUGAACGGCGAUUUGUCUCUACUCCGCAAAGGCGACUGCAUCGUCAGCUUCUCUGUGGUGGGUAUUCACGCUCUUCGACGAGAGAUUGAGAAGCGGACUGGACGGAAGGUCGCGAUUGUUUACGGCUCGCUACCACCGGAGACUCGUGCUCAGCAGGCCAGACUAUUCAACGAUCCGAACAACGAUUAUGAUUUCUUGGUAGCCAGCGACGCCGUUGGUAUGGGCCUCAAUCUCGCCAUCAAGCGCAUGAUUUUUGAGUCGUCAAGCAAAUUCGACGGUGUCGCUCGCGGUCCCCUCAGCAUCGCCGCCAUCAAGCAGAUUGGCGGACGUGCUGGACGUUUCCCCCGAGCCGCGCAGCCCACCAUCGAUCCUCAUGGUGUCUACAUAAUGAACCGCGCCGGUGACGUUCCCGACAACAUCGGCCUUGUAACCACCCUCGAGGACUUCGACUAUUCCGUCGUCUUAUCCGCCAUGCGUUCCGAACCCGAACCUCUCGCCACAGCCGGCAUCUUCCCUCCCACGCCCGUCCUGGAGCGCUUCGCCUCUUACUUCCCACCCGGCACGCCUUUCAGCUACAUCCUCACCCGCCUCCACGAACUCUCCCAAAUGCACCGUCGCUUCCAUCUCUGCGGUCUGCGGGAUCAAGUCUGGGUCGCCGACCUCAUCGAGCCCGUCCAAGGGCUGACCAUCAACGACCGCAACAUGAUCUGUGCCUGUCCCGCUGCCAAGGGCGACAUCGAGCUCUGGCGAAAACUCAUGCCCGCAUUCGCGCGCUGCAUCGCUACGGGAAGUGGCGGCGACGUCCUCGACAUUGAGGAACUACCUCUCGACAUACUCGAUGAAGCCGACACCAUCACCAGAGAACAACUCAAGAAACUGGAACAAUUGCACAAGGGCCUGGUGGCGUAUCUGUGGCUCAGUUAUCGUUUCGCGGGUGUGUUUCGCACUAGACCGUUGGCUACGCAUGUGAAGGGAUUGGUGGAGGAGAAGAUUGAGUAUGUGCUUGCGAAUCUCAAUUUGGACGCUAAGAAGAGACGGGCGAUGCUGCAGCAGAAGGAUAAGGCAAUCAGAGAGCAGGCGAUGCGGGACGCUGCUGCCGCCGCUGCUGCUACGGGAGGCGAAGGCGAAGGUGAAGGUGGAGUUUCGCCGGACAUGGAAGAGAAGGAUGGCCUCGAAGCACAGGAUGCUGAAGAAGAGAUGGCCGUCAUCUCCGACGCGCCCUCGGACGGUCCGACUUCCAUCGACAUUGAUGAGUUGAUCACCGAUGCUCUGGACACUCGCGAAGUUGCGGCCUCACCUGACCAAUUCUCCGGAGAGGAAGACGUCGUGUUCGAGGAGCCUGACGCUCCACUCGCCGAGGAAGACUCUGUACCUGCUGAAGAAUCUACAACUGUCGAAGAGUCCGCGACUGUUGAAGAGUCAACAGAUACGCGACAGUCAGAGGAGAAGCCUGCAACCGAGCAAAGUCCCGAAGUUCACGACAACGCGGAGCCAGCACCGCAGGCUGCCACGGGUGCGCGGUAG